AUUUUUGGCCGAAAUGGAGAAAUUCACGGCCGUAAAACUUAUUAAAAAAAUGACAUAUUUUUGUGUGAUUUUGUAAUAAUUUGAUGAAUUUAUGAUGUCUAAGAUAUCAAAGAGAUUAUCUUUUUCGUCAGAUCAUUGUUGACGAGAAAGGUUUCAAAUUAUAAUAGGAAUUACUGCUGUUGUACCACUUACCAAACAUGGCUCAAGAGCUGAGAGAACUUUGUCACCUGUUGUUCCCAGAUGAUGCAGCAGACCAAAUUGAAUACUUCAGUGAAAUUUCGGACUACAUCAAAAAGUUGGGAUCACAGAAUUGGGAGUAUGUACGAAAUGAGCCUGAACGGCUGACUGAAGAGAUGAGGCAUUUGACAGAGCAAACUCAAGAAUUAGCAUUUACCAAUUAUAAAACUUUUGUUGAGACUGCAGAGAUAUCUAAAACUAUUAUGAAAGAUCUUGUUAAGUCUAAAGAUUCAGUAGCAACAUUUCUUGAUACAACACCAUUGUUUAUUCAAGAAUGUGAAAAGUUUUCUCAAAUGGCUACAAAUAUUGUAAAGGAUAAGAGCCGAUACAGUACAAUACGUAGCCAAAGUGAGAAGCUACUAGAACUAUUGGAAUUACCUUCCUUAAUGAGAGAAGCUCUUAACGCUGAAGACUAUGAGAGUGCUUUAGAUAUUUUUACUUUUAUACGGAAUAUCUCUAAAAGAUAUUCUGAUAUUCCUAUUGUUCAGAAUACUACCACGGAAAUAAUAACACUAUGGUUUGAGACUCUGUACCACCUAUUCAAUCAGUUACGUUAUGAUCUUCCUCUACCACAGUGUUUACAGAUUUUAGGUUACCUGCGCAGGGCAAACACUGUUUAUAAAUCUACAGAUGAUGAGCAUGGAACUAGUGGUAAACUCUCUAGUAAUGCAGCAAUGUCAGAUGGUUUACAUUUGCACUUUUUGAAAGCCAGGAAUGCUUGGUUUGAAAAGGCAUUAGAAGAUGCAAAAACUAAUGAGUCAUCAGAAAAGUUGUUGAGACGAAUAGUGGAACUGCACCGAAUUCAUCUUUUCAAUGUGUUGACCCAACAUAAAUCAAUAUUCUUAUCAGACACUCAAGAAUCUAAAGUCAAAGAUGAUGAACUAAGUGGAACCAGUGCCUUAUCUUGUUGGUUGAAACAAAAAGUAGAAAUGUUGGCGCAAAUGUUGAACCAAAAUUUGAUGCGUGAGGAUGAAUCAAGCUUUGAAUCACUAUUGAACCAAUGCAUGUAUCUUUGCUUGUCAUUCGGAAGAGUUGGAGCUGAUAUGAGGGCUGUUUUGACGCCGUUGUUUAGAAAUAUCAUACUUACCCAAUUUCACAAUGGCCUAGAAAAGGCUGACAAUCACUUCGAUAACCAAAUGCGAUCAUAUAAAGUAUCCAGCAUCAAGAAUGUGCCCAGGCCAGUUAACGAAAACAUGGCUCAGGGGCCUCCCGAAAACUUACUGGAUUACUAUCCUCUAGCAGAAUAUUGUAAUGGAAUGCUUACAGUGCUAAAUUCUCUAAGAGUUACAGCCCCGCUUAACAUUGUUAAAGAAGUAUAUAAUGCAUUUAGAAAAUCGUUUGAAAAGUCAGUUCAAGUACUACAAACAUUUUACCACAAAGAGCAACAGGGGUUUACUGAUAUUGAAAGGCAAAAUUUCGUGCUGUUUUGCGUUAGUUUCAGUGAAGACUUAAUUCCUCAUAUCACCAAAUGUUUGUCUCAAUCAUUCCCGUCUACACAUAUUGCAGAACUAUUGGGAGUUACACUUACUGUUCUCCAAGAAAGUAAAAUCCUUCACAUUGACCAAAUAGCCAUUUGUGAACCACUAAGUGGCAUAAUAAGUCUUGUUAAUAGUUAAUAAAUGAUUUAAAUUAAAUCAAGCAGCAC